GGCAGUUUGAUUGCGUGAAGGGUAAACAUCUGAGAACCCUGCAUGAUCUUCUCUUGUUUCCCUCAACGAACUGGUGGAUGACUUUGUUGUGUAAUUGAAAAGUGUUCUUUUGUGAUUUUUAGAAGGAGAAUUGUUCACAAGGAAGUGUUUUUCGGGGAUCAGAGGAGUUUGUUUACGAGUUGCUAUGCUGUGUGCAUAAACUUAGAGAAUUUGGAUUAUGUCGCUCGUGUUAUGAGAUCCUGUCAUUGAGCCAUUUUAAGAAAACAAUUCUUAGUUGUAAAGGAUUUUUGCUUAGGGUUAGGGUUUUUAUUGACAGCGUGUUUCGAUCUGUAGGCCUGAAAAAAUAUGGAAUUUUGUAAUGACUGAGAUAAUUUAGAAGAAACAGCAGUGAGUUCAUUGGCAGGCAAUAAACAACCUAGUUUGCUAGAUCAAGAAGAAACGUACGCUAUAACUUCCGGACGUCAUGUCUCUACGGACCAGAAUCAAUGGCUUUACGGCAUGGGUAAACCUCAGACUUAGUCCAACAGGACACUUCAUGCACAAUAUAUUGACAGAUCUGCUGAAAGGGUACAACAUGAAGGUUCUUCUAGAAAGUUUGACUGGACGGCCUUUGGAGAAACUGCAGAGUUUUGAUGGACUGACCCAGCAACAAAAGACAACAAGAGUGGAAUGGAUUGUGAAGGAAUUGAAACAUGCGAACAUUAUCCCCAAGGACACAUAUGUGGAUUCCAGAAUGUUUGCCAUGAGAUGUGCAGAUCAGGUGUUUGAUUUACUUUGGUGCCUGGUUUGUCAUGACAUCUGGUUCGUUUGGGAACGAUCUGAAUUCCUUCAACAAGCUGAAGGACAAAUGCUGACAUCAAAACCUUUCUCGUGGACUCCUCCACCUCCGCCACCCAAAACCCCAACCCUCAAGACAGAAAAAUCCAUGCUGUCAGGAUUUGGAUCAAAAUCGCUGAUUCAGACACCAAUAACCUCCCCUGAGGUGCCCUCUCCUAGUCCAACAAAUACGGCGAGGUCAGAUGACAUGGUGAACAGACGUCACAAGUCAAGAAAUUAUCCAUCACCAGAAUACUGCAUCUUGGAUAUGGUGAAUGCCCACCUUAAAAUGAACAGAGAGGGACGCAAACUCACAAGGGGUGUUUUGGAUGAAUUGAAUGUCUUGAAAAUUGGGAUCAAAGACGAAAUGGAACAGUUUCCAUCCCUCAUUACCAAUGUAAAGGAUCUAAAGAGAAAGAAAGAAUUAGAGAAUCUUAUAUCUGUGUACGAUGAAGAAAUCCAGUUUUUAGAGCAAAAUUAUGACAUUGCUAAAUGUAAUGUUUGGAUGAGACAAGUAACGGAGAUACAAAAUAAGUGUCGAACAAUUGUGGCAGAAAAAAUUGUGCAAAGGUUUGAUGUUGUCAAGGUUCCAAGGAACACAACCAUCAAUUAUUUGGCAGUGGAUAUGAUUAUCAAUCUGGUGAGUCAGCUCUUGAUUAUAAGUCUGACUUGUGGAACAGGGUUUUACAGCAGUAAGGUUCACGAGACAGUGUGGAAAGGUCGCAAGCUUGUGAUCAGAGACAAAGAAACUGGUGAAUUUUUCGAUGAUUUUUCCGGGAAUGCAGACCAUAAAGAAACUGUGCGUCAAGUACUUGGCUUAGAGGAAGAUCAAGUGGCGGAAAUUAGUGGCGAUCAUGAAAAAUAUGAGAUAUACUUUGAAAGUUCGUCAAGAAAUAAAACACUGAAAGCUGGAUCUUGGUUUCUGUACCAAAUAUUUCCAGGCACCACGUUACAGUGUCAGCGAUUGUUGUUCAAGGCAGCCAAGACGGGAGAAUUGGAUACAGUCCAAAAAUUGGUGGCCUUCUUUAAUGCAGACAAGGACUUCAUCAAGUCCAAAGAGCAUGGGUCUGGCAAUACAGCUCUGCACAUGGCCUGCAGGCACGGACAUUUUGACAUUGUGUUAUAUUUGUUGGAAAACGGAGCUGACAUUGAUAUGUUCAACAAUCACCACAACACGCCUUUUUUCCUCGCCACGGAAAGCUUACAGAAAGAGAUAUGCCAGCUUCUUAUCGAAUGGGGUGCCGACGUGAUGAAGCGAAACAAAAGCAGCAAAACUGCGUUUGACCUGAUGCGUCAUUAUGAACUCAAGAAAUUCUUGGAAGCGAAGUAUAAAGAGUGGCAAGAGCUUGUCCCUAAGUUGAUAUCAGGAGACAUCAAGAAACUAACUGCUGUGAUAGACGCUCAUCAUAGAAGAGAAAAAACUAUGGCCAGUCUCAGAAGCAGGUGUGUCAGUGGUAGCACUCUACUCCAUACUGCGUCCUUCUUUGGAGCAAUCCCAGUUAUCAAGACCUUGCUCUCAGAAGGAGUGGAUGUCAAUACUUUGGACUACAAAGGAGCCACGCCCCUGCACAGAGCCAAAGAUGCGGCCACCGUGGAGCUUCUCCUCGAGGCAGGAUCAAACAUUGACUGUGAAGAUCAUGAUGGCAACACUCCACUGCAUGUCAAAUGUUACGGAGAAAGCGGAGAGCCCACUGACUUAGAAUGCAUUGAAAAAAUGCUGAUGAAAGAAGCUCCUCUUAAUACCAGAAAUAAUCGAGACUUGAUGCCUAUUCACUGCUGCGCUAUGCAAGGUCGGAUAGACGCCAUUCAGGCUUUGCUCUUCUUCGACACUGAAGGAAUCAUAAGGCAAAACUUGGAGAUGGAAGGCGAGAAAACCCCGCCCAGUCUUCUUCAUUUGUCUGUGGCUAACGACUUUCUAGAUUGUGCAAAAUGGCUAGCAGGAAACAAGUUUGAAUUCAAGGAGAAAGAAACAGAUUUACUUGUGCAUAAGAUUCUGCUUGAAGAAGUUCCUUGUGGUGAUCGUGUGGCAACCGUCAAAUUUCUCCUCGAAAAUGGUGCUUCCGUCAAUCCUACAUACCCGGGAGGAAAUACAGCUCUUCACCUGACCGCAGGCUUGUCGAACGCAUCAGAUCUGUUAGAGUUGUUAUUGUCAUUUGAUGCCGAUGUUGAUGCCAUGAACGAUGACCUGUGUAGUCCGCUGUUUUACGCCGCACAGGCUAAUAAUCUGUAUGCGGCAAGUCUUCUGUUAAAUCAAGGAGCCAAUGUGAGGACAAGAAACUUGCAAGGUCUGUCUGCCUUUGAUUUUAUCUCUGACUUCGAAGAGUGGAUUGAAUGCGGUUAUUUCAGCGAGGAAAUAAAGGCGAGAUUAAAAGCCUACAGCCUCAAGCAUGCGCGGGAUCUGGUUCGAGCUAUAACCAAGAAAGUUAAGAACCAACCAAGACUUCCCACGUCACAGCAGCUAGUGGGUCGAUCCCAGCCUGCUUUGUCGGCAAUCGGUGGUGGUCAUGUGCCUUUGAUGCUUCCGCCAAUCAGAAAAGGAGCGACGAGUUGAAGCGCGCGAUUAUUAGCUGUGAUCACGUGGAACAGGCUGCUGUCCUCGCUUCGUGAAUCUUAGAAACGCAAGAAAAGUCAAAAACACUGAUCUGAAUAUCGUACGCGCUUCCAUUUGUAAAUUGUAAAAAGUUUUAAAAUGAGUGUAGUUAGUUCACCUUGUGAGCUUCCUAAUCGGAUAUUGCAUUGUUUUUACUCUACCUCGCUCUGUGAUUGGUGCAACCCUUGCGACACUUUCUUAACCUAUCAGAAUCAAUACUCAAACCAAUCACGACGUGGUCAGUCAUCCAAGUUUUCGUGCGCUUCAGACAAUUUACUUAUUUAUACUGGAAGUU